GCAUGCGCGGUGCGGGCGCCGGAGUUGUGAAUGGUGCGGCUGUUGGGACGGAGUUUACGAGCGGGGAAGGAAGUCGGGGGGCGGCGGCCGCGCGAGCUCCGGCGGCGGGAGGAGGGAAGAGGAGGAGGAGGCUGGGGGGGGGGGGCUAACAAAGGGCGAGGCGAGCGCUGGGGCUGGGACAGCGCGGGGCGGGCGGGCAGCCGGCGGCCCCACCACCAUGCCGCGGGUUGUCCCCGACCAGCGGAGCAAGUUCGAGAACGAGGAGUUCUUCAGGAAGCUGAGCCGAGAGUGUGAGAUUAAAUACACCGGCUUCAGGGACCGGCCGCACGAGGAGAGGCAGGCCCGCUUCCAGAACGCCUGCCGCGACGGCCGCUCCGAGAUCGCUUUUGUGGCCACAGGAACCAAUCUGUCUCUCCAGUUUUUUCCGGCCAGCUGGCAGGGGGAGCAGCGCCAGACACCGACCCGGGAAUAUGUCGACUUUGAAAGAGAAGGAGGCAAGGUGUACUUGAAGGCACCUAUGAUUCUUAAUGGUGUUUGUGUAAUCUGGAAAGGCUGGAUAGAUCUUCAGAGACUGGAUGGUAUGGGCUGCCUGGAAUUUGAUGAAGAGAGAGCACAGCAGGAGGAUGCAUUGGCACAACAAGCCUUUGAAGAAGCUCGGCGGAGAACUCGUGAAUUUGAGGAUAGAGACAGGUCUCAUCGGGAGGAAAUGGAGGUGAGGGUUUCACAGCUGCUGUCAGUAACUGGCAAGAAGACAACAAGACCCUAGUCCUGGAUCUAAUCUAGGAAGUGGCGAUGAUCUCAAACUACGUUAAUCAACAGCAGCAGGCGUACCAUGGGUCUGCACACAUGCAUUGCUUCUACUUGGCAAAGGAUUUAAUAAAAGACCAGAAACUGUGAUAACUGGGUAUACUAUGGUCUGUUUCCUGACCUGCGGCAGUCAGAAUCACCACAAACUGCCAUGGUUUGCACUAUGUUUAUGUUACAAUACCUGCAUUUCCCAUUUUAAGCAUGUAGCCAAUGGCAAUUUGAAAUUUUGUUUUUUUCUAUGCAAACUUAUUUUUGUUGGCACUAUUUUAGUGAAAUGGAAACUUAUGCAGCUAUAAAACCAUUUUUCUCAACUGUAGUAAAAAUUGUCACUUAAAAAUAGGUCAAGAUAUUACAGAUUUAAAUCUUUUUGUUUUGGUUUUGUUUUUUGGGUUGGGGUGGCUUUUUUUUUGUUUGGUGUUUUUUGGGUUUUUUUUUUUUCUCUUUUGGUAAACUGCUGGAAGCCAGUGCAUUCCAAGCUUAAUUUUUUUAAUAUGGGCUUUUGGAAUUUUGAUUGUCCUUAUUGUGCUUCUGCUUUAUUUUAGAUACGCAUUCUUAUCUUUGUUUCACUUUUCCUUUUUCUAAAUUUGCAAGACCUUCUUAAAACUGCUGACAUUAUUUUGCAUUAUUUCCAAGCUAAACCCAGUGAAUCAGAGCUGUUGGAAUCCCUUCUCAAACUGGGGGUUCGUAAACGCUACAGUUGCAGUAUUCUUUUAACUGCUAACAAUUCGUUCGUUCCACUUUUUAAAGAAUAAAAUCUUAAGAUGUAAUUUUCAUGCCUUGAUAAUGCAUUCUGCCCCAGUAUCUGUCUCAGACUUUAUUAUGAUAUCAAGUGAGUUUGGGUGGUUAUUAUACCCCUGUAUAUAGUACUUUACCGAAACUCAUAGGAAGUCGCAGGCUGGCUUCUGUUUUAUUCAGGGAUUUUUUUUUAACUAGUUCUUCAAAGGGAUACUGCAACUCUACAAUCAGAUUCAACAGCGCAUUCAACUGGGAACGAAAGGUGAUAUGUAUUAAAUCAUGUUUAAGAUAGCUGCUUUAAGUAUAUUUUGUAUCUUAGGCUUUUUGUAAAGUUGUGCUGAAUGGUGAAAAGUUGAGAUGAGGUUGUGUGCAGAGAAUCUCAUACUGUGCAUAGGACACUUCUCUUAAUCUUAUGCAAAUUAAGACUACAUUGCAGUAUAUAUUGCAUUUUCUAACAGGGUAAGAUUUGGGAUGAAUUAAUCUGUGUGAAUUAUAUUGUUUUGUUUGGGGUGAUGGUGAAUGGACUUGUUCCAAAUUUUUCAUUGCAUCCAAUGAAGAAAAUUGAUUGGAAAUGUGAUGAUGUCAUUUGGCUUUGUUAAAAUGUGGUGCUUCCUGUACAGCCUGAUGAAUUAAAAUGUCACUGCAAUUCCUUUUUUUAAAAUAGGUGAUCUGGCUUCAGUAUCUUAAGAAUUAUUUUGACGGUAGAAACUCUGUAUGGUUAGAACAGUUAAAUCUUUAUUAAAAUUCUAUGAUGAAGAUAAUUAUGUUCCUCACUAAUGGCAAAACGAUGCAAAAGAGGUCUUGCAAAAAUGUAAGCAGAUGUCAAUGUGAAGGAGACCAUAUGUUAAUAAUAUGAAUAUUUAACAUUCACAUCAAAAUGUCAGUAACUGUAAACUGUGAGAUUGUCAUCAAAUAAGAAUAUUUUGAUACUUCAAUUUAAAUGUGAUUCACCUGAAAAAACCUUUUUCACUCUGUGGCCACGUAUUCUUCUUGCUCUUCUUCCCCCAAAGAAAGAAUUUUUCUAAAGUGUUUCUGCAGUGAGUUAUUUAAGGGACACCCGCAUGCCCCCGCACGCAUCCCUAGCCUUGGAGCUCCUCUGCCAUCUGUGUAUUUUUGAUGGAAUAGUCUGAAGAUGUAUUUUAAAAGGUUUUCCUACAGUUUCAGACAGUGGUUUUACACCAUGAGUACACAGGAAAUUACGCUAUCAGAUAUUAACGUUGCUAUCUUUGUGUAAAUACUGAACUUUCCCUAUCAUCAUUUAGCAUUCUGCUGCUUUCGAUAUCUUAAUGCUGGCAUUAAGAUCACAAGCCCUUACCCUCUGCUGGUUAGUGCAGACUUUUUAAAGUGCAUUUUAAGUUAUUGAUGCAAUUUGAUAUUUUUCAUAAUUUCUAUUUAAACUGAAGUUGCAUCAUCUUUCUUGAAUUCAUCUCCUGUAAGAGUUGCCUUAAGCUACAGGAUUGCUUUUGCUACUUUUUGUGUUGUAUGUUUAACUUUCAUAAUAAACUUCUGUGUAGUGAAAAC